GACGCGGUUUUAUUUAGACAGACAAAAUAUAAAUAUUUUAAUUGAGGAGGUCAGUAGAUAAUAUCGUCAAAUUCCACGAAAAAUUCCACGAAAUUUAGCUUUUGGGUCAGUGUGUAAAUUUAACUACCGCGAAAAUGUCAUAGCUAAAAGUGCAUAAGAAAUUGCGCGCUUGCUUCUGAGAAGUAAACGCUCGUUUUCUUCCUCAGCCCUGCUGUGGAGGAGAUUGACGUAAUCGCCCACAUAAUAUCGGCUGCAAAUUCAUAGGUAAGCAAGCACUUAGUAGCUGAUUAUGAUAAAAGAUUAAAAUUCAUUUGUUUUCAUGCGAAGAAGCUUUUUUCUUCGUUUGGUUUGAGAGAUUUAAACAGUGAGAAUCUGGAACUAAUUGGAAGUUUACUACCUAGGGUUUCGCAGUCUAGGUUUUGUUUAAGACCAGAUUUACAGAAGUCUUAGAAUAAAAACCAGAAAAAAAACCAGCCUUUGGGUUUUCUGUAUGAUAGAAGAAGUUAAAAAAUCAGCAGAUGGUGUUUUCUAGGGCUUUGCUGUCGUGGGUUUGUUCGCUCUUGACAGAAAACAAGUAAAAGGUAGCAAUUAAGGCUUUAUGGGAGUUAUUUUCUUUUUUUGUUGAGAAAUGGGGUUUUGCUGCCACGAACAUUUGGAAAUUACCUAGAGUUUAGAGUUUUGCAGUCUAAGGUUUGUUGAUGGGACUAAGUGACGAAGCUUUAAAUGUUAGGAAUUGGGGCUUUAUAGAAAAUCCUUUUUUUACUUGUUUCAAAUUGGGGGUUUUAACGGCGGAAAUCUGGAAUUUCUAAGGAAUCUCUAGGGUUUCAGCAAUUUGCAGAGAUGACUAUUGGCUUAGUGGAAUUUGUGCCUGUGGGGUUAUUGGUAAACCUAGUCACCGAUCGGCUGACUAAAACAGCAAUUGCUGCACGGGAUAUCCUGAACGAGAAGAGUUUCGUUGUGCUGGCAAACUUUUUAUUAUCUAUACAAUCUAUUCUUCGUAAAUUGGAGACCCAGACAGUAGACGAGAAUUCAUGUGUAGUCAGGGGAUUGAAUAGUUUAAAACAUGAAGUGAACAAGGCUGAGACUCUGGUGAAAAAGUACAAAGAAAGGUCUCGGAUAUCAAAUGUCUUGCAUUGCCGGAGAAUUUGCGAGGAGGUUCAGCAAUCCAUCAGGGAUAUUGGGAAUACCCUCAAUAUGUUUGACCUCUAUACUGUUCAAAUCAAUGAAGAAAUCAAGUAUCAGCUAACUUUAUUGGAGAGUCAGAUGGUUCAUGCCGAGGUCAGGGCUUCUGAGGACAUGCUGAGGGUUCUAGAAACAGUGACGAUAGAAAGUGAAAGAGGUAGGGCUGAUCGGGCCGUUGCUGUAGAGCUUCUUGAAAGGAUUGCCUUUUCACAGGGUGUUGGGCAAAGCCCCAGCUAUAUAUCAACUGAACUUUAUAAGUUUAAGAGGGAUAUUGAGGAAGCUGAACGGGAAAAGGAGCUCCAGGAUGUCCAGUAUAUGCAGCAGGUCAUGGCUCUUCUUUCUCAAGCGGAUGCUGAGAUGGCAUUGGAAACCUCCCGCAAGCGUUUCCUGGAAUUGAGGAGAGCAGUUAGCAGAUCUCGGGAGAAUUUCAUUACUCAUGAGCCAUAUUCAUAUUUUAAGUGUCCUCUCACAGGGAAAGUGAUGAAUGAUCCGGUUAUGAUCUCAAGUAAUAAUACGUUUGAGAGAGAAGCAAUUGAGCGUGAAUUUGCAAGAGGUGAGCCAAAGGAUCCCAUUACUGGCAUGGUUCUCCAGAAUUCCAUUCUUAUACCGAAUCAGGCCUUGUAUUGCACUAUAAAUCUCUGGAGGCAGCAGAACUAUGUGGCAAGGAUUUUGAAGGCAAAGAUAAAGUUGGAGACAAAAUCAUGUGCUGAGCAAAAAAGAGCGCUUGUUGAUCUGUCAGAACUCUGCAAAGAGGGUACCAAUGAUAAAAACUGGAUUAUCUUUGAAUCUUUACUUCCGUUAAUAGUGGGAGCUUUGAAGCCUAAUGACAAUGAAUUGAGGGCACUUUGUUUUUCAGUUUUAAUUGCAGUUGUGCAAGACAAUAAUCAUGGGAAGGAAAAACUAGUUGAAGCCAAUGGGCUUAGUCAGAUCAUUAAAUGUCUAUUCCAUGACUUGAUCCCUGACCUCACAAGGGUUGCUAUAAACCUCUUGUCAGAGUUGACAAAAGAUAAGAAUAUACUGGAGCAGCUGGGCCAACAACGUGGUGCUAUUUUGACUCUUGUUACAAUUUUAAUUAGGGGCAAUCAUCCAGAGUUGACGAUGGAUAUUGAGACUAUUCUCAAUGAGCUCUCUUAUGAUGGAAACUCUUAUAAUGCAGGAAACAUUAGAUCAAUGGUUCAGUUUAAUUGGUGCAAAUCCUUUGCUCACUGCCUUUGCACAGGUACAGAGGAAUGCAAAUUGGCAAUGGUCAAAAUGCUUGCACAGUUGCAGCUUGAUGACAAUAGAAGAGAAGCCUUGAUUCAACAAAACGUAAUUGAUGCUUUGGUUGGUAUGCUAAAGUCUGGAAAGUUUAGUUUGGAGCUUGCAGCUCUUGAGGCUUUACACAGGUUCUCUUUGCAUGCAAAUUCUAAAAAAUGUUUUGCAGAAGCAGGAGGGGUUCCUUUGCUACUUCGCUUCUUAGAGAAGCCUCAUUUGAAUAUGAAAGUCAAAGCUACAGCUAUUUUAGCAGAUAUAACUAUGCUGCAUGGGACAUCUUUUCUUCUCUGUGAUGAAAAGACACCAAUGGAAGCAUGCAAGCUUGUUGAAGUCAUUAUGGGAAUUUUAACUUUCUGUGAAUUACCAAUUGCAGAAAAUGCAAUGAAGGUGCUGUUAUCUUUGACUGAAGCUUCAGAUGCUAGUGAUCUCACAGGAUUGAUUCUGGACAAUGAUAAUAACCUUCAAACUAUUCGGGGUUUUAUCAAAAUGGCACAGCCUCCCUUGCAACAUCAAGCUAUUCAACUGGUUUUUUGCAUGUGCAGAAAGAAUCCAAGCACCAUUUCUUUUGUGGAGCAUGAUGAUGAGUGUUUGAAAGUGCUACUGCAUGGAAUAAAAAAUGAGGUAUUUGAGGGAAGCGUUCAAGCAGCUGCAACAGGAAUUUUGUCAUACAUUCGGCUAUCUGAAAAUGACUUGAAUAAGCUGAUGGCAACCGAGAAUCUGCUGCCAGCAUUAGUUAAGAUUGUGUGUGGGGAAAACAGGGAAGGACAAGCUAAUGCCCUGGGAUUUCUAGUGAGGUUAACUGAUUCAUUUGACAUCCAAACGCAACGGUUGUUGAUUCAGUUGUGUCCUAUUUUAUGUCUGAAACAAGUGCUAAGGUCUGGAACUGCAGAAGCCAAAAUUUUAUCAUGCAAGUUCCUGGAAAACAUAUCUAAAAGCACAGCCAAACUAAAUAGAGAAACUCAUAGGUGGAGUUUCAAUUUAUCCAGAAAAACUUCUGUAACCUGCAAGCUACACAAAGGAAGAUGUAGUUCAAAGGAUUGCAUUGUUGAGGCUGGAGUGGUUCCGGAUAUUGUGGAGAUGCUGAAGGAUCAAAAUCCAGAAGUUGCUUUAGCGGGGUUAAAGGCUUUGUAUUUAUUAAUAGUAGAGGAAAGCAUGCCAGAGCAUGGCGUACAAAUCUUGGAUAAGUGCAAAGCCAUUGAUAAUUUGUUUCCAUUGAUUCAGUCUAACUCUCAUGCCUGCUCUGAGAAAUGUAUUGAUCUAUUUGAAUUGAUUCUGAGGCAUUCAGGCAUGAAAAAUAUGUAUGGGAAAAUGGUCAAGAUGUCUUUGACAGCUCUUUGCACUAGCAGGGUAUCAUCAUUGCAACAAAAAGCUGUUAGGCUUUUUAGACAAUUGGAAGAGGUUGUGCCAUAAUUUAAAAUAUAGACUGUGAAAUGUGGAAAUUUAUUGAGAUGGCACAUUUUUAAUAUAAAAAUAUAUUGCAAGGCCCAGUGAAGAUUUGUUCUCAUUGUUUGGGAUAAGGGGUGCAUUCAGACAAAAUGUUUUCUUAGUUGCACAAGGGCUGAGGAAAUUGGCAGAAUAAUACAGAUAAGAGAUCAUUCUAUUCCUGACGGUGUUGUCUCUACUAUUAUCAAACUUGGAAGCAUUUGCAGAGUAUAUGGGGAUAUUUAAUGGCUAAGUCCCAGAUUGGGAUGGAUAGACUACAGAAUGCUGUAUCACUGAUCAAGUUGGAAUCCAUUGUAUAUGCGCUUAACUGCUAGCAUCCUGAUUGUAGCAGGGAUUAUAUCGAAAAAACUUCACUUAAAAACAUUCAAGAGCUCUGGGAUCAGGAAUCCUAGAAGAUGUAUCAAUUUACUGUAGUCUUUAAGGAUCUAUCACGUUCAAGACAGUGUUCUUGAUUUGUCAUAUAGCAGUAUGUUCUGCUGCUUCUGUUGUAUAGUAUUCUGUAAGUUUGGGCUUUCAGUUUACACGUGUAUACUGCACCGUAAUUUUAUGUGGAAAAUAACUUUUUUUCCAAAUACUUUUGCCGUUUCAAUCUGUUCACCUUUUUUAGCUGGAAGUUAGAGCUGGCAAUUUGGAUUUUGUUACAGAAUUGAGGUUGGGAAAAGAGACUGGCUUAGGGCCAACAUGUACAUUGCCUAUUUGCGCGUAUGGCAAGUUUAUAACUCUACAGCCUUUGAAUACAUUGCAGUUUGAAGCAUGUAUUGCUUUAGCCUUUAGUAUCCAUCGAAAUUUAAAUGGAGUACAUUAGGCAGAUACUUAAUAGAUAGAGGAAAAAUCUUCAUCCUGCGGAAGUAUUUGUUAUGAAAUUCUAGUUUGAAGGGUCUAUGUGGCCUGUUCAUUAUAAUUGCUAUGAACAAAUGUAAUUAUAGCGAGUAGAUUGAUAAUUAUAACAUGUUUAAUA